AAUGUUGGUUAUAACAUAUUAAGAAAAUUUAAAGCAGAAGUUAUGGAAUUUGAUGAUAUCGUAGAAUUCUCAAAUUUACCGAAUAAUGUUGAUUGGCAAAAGAUUAUUCUCACUUGGAUUCAAUCGUUUGAAAAAAUAAAAUUUUCGUAUGACUAUGUAACAAUUGUUGAUGAGCAUUCUGUGAUGGACCUUAAGAAAUUACACCGAAUUUUAGAUUCAUCUGUAAUCAAUAAUUAUACCUUGACACCUGAACAGAAAUUUUAUCUAGUUUGGGGUCGCUUUGAUAUCAAAACAGCAGAUGAUAUGGUCAUAAUACUUGGUCGAGGAUCCAUAGACACUUUACUUAGUUUUGACUAUUUCACAAUACCAGAUAAAAAUGAAACUUUAAUAGAAAUGUUUCCUAAUCAGAUAUCACUAGCUUAUUAUUAUUUCAAAGCAGAAAAUCUUACAGAUAAAAGCAAUUUGUUUUUCAUUAAUGAUCAGAUUGGAAUAAUAGAAUGGUCAAAUUCUAUCGCAACCGUUCCAAUAGAAAAAACAAUUGGAGUCGGUCAUGUAUAUCUAGAAAAUGAUGUAAGGGAUUUAAUUGAGCAUUUAUCAAUCACAAAAUCUACAAUAUGUAACCCUAUUACAUAUGAAAACGGUAAAUUGGCAAUAGCAAUAGUAACAAGUAGUUUCUUAUAUAAUGAUACGUGCAUGUAUUCCGUAAUAGAUGACGUGACAGAUAACAAACGCAGAUAUGCCAAAAAACAUGGAUAUUCAUUUGUGGCACGCUCCAAAGAAUUCACUCAACAAAUAUAUAAGAAACGAAGAGAUGUCUGGGGAAAGAUUGACAUUAUUGAAAAACUUUUACCUUACUAUGAUUGGAUUUUAUGGUUAGAUAUGGAUGCUGUUAUCGCAAAUCAGGAUAUUACUAUAGAACAAUUGUUUGAAAAUUUUAAAAAAAAAGUUGGAAAUGAAAAAUUUGAUAAUAUCAGUUUUAUAAUUGCUAGACCUAAAAAUGAUAGGAUGAUAAAUGCAGGUGUUUUUCUGAUUAAAAAUUCAGAAUGGAGUCGAAAAUUUUUAAGAGAUGCGCAGAAACAAAGCAAAUAUUAUUAUUAUGGAUCAUUAGAACAACAAGCUUUGUAUAUUAUGAUGAAAACAAAGAUGUAUAAAAAGGGGACACUUUACCUUGAUCAAGAUGACCAUACAUUCAAUACAUUUCCGCAUAGAUAUAUUCUAGGAGAUUUUAUAGUUCACUGGGCUCCAGAUAAUGGAUGUCCAGCACAAAAUGUUUUGGACGGGAUUAAAAAAUUUAGGCAAUAUGAGGCUAAUAAAGAAUUCAAAUUCACUCUUACACAUGCUUCUGUCCCUACAAGAGUGCGAUAA